GUUGCGCUCUCCGUGUGUUUGUGUGCGUGCGUUUGGAUCUUGUGCCGGCGUUAGGGUUUUGAACCGAUUUUAGUAGCAGUGGUGUGUCUUCCCUGAUAAUUUCAUUUGGUUGAGGUCACGAUGAGCCGCCUGCCGACUCCGUCGUCUCGGCUGCCGGUGGCCGGCACCUCUCGGCUGACGGCAGCCUCCGGGAUCGUGCGCCCCACACCCCGUGCUACCCCGGCCACCGCCGGCAGCGCGUCCGCCCUGAAACGGCAGGCCUCGCAGUCGUCGAUGGCGACCAAGCGGGGUCGUCUGGACACCUCCGGAAGUUCGGACGGCUCCUCCACGGGUCGUCCUCCGCGCGCGGGCUCGAUGCGUCCGCCGGCCAACCCGGGCCUGAUCCGCUCCAAGUCGGUGGCCAACCUCAGCACGCCGGCCGGACGGCCCAUGAGGGACGUCACAUCCCGGGUUGUCUCCCGUAAUAACGUGAAGGCCGCCGGCACAGUGGGCGGCCGGCCGGGCGCCGCCAAGCCGACGCCGAAGCCGGCGGCGAAGCGGCAGCCGUGGGACCUGAAGGGCCAGAUCCAGGACAUGGACGCCCGUCAUCGCGAGCUGAUGGAGCAGCUGCAGCUGACGCAGGAGCGCGUCUCCAGGAUGGAGGAGGAGAAGCAGCAGCUGGAGCAGGGUGUCCGCGAAAAGGAGACCAUCACCGCCGAGGUGCAGUCGGAGGCACAGCGCGUCUCGCGUCAGCUGCAGGACCGCGAGGACCAGUGGGAGUCAGAGCGGCGCCAGCUGCAGCGGCGCCUCUCCGAGCUGGAGGCGCAGCGGGAAGAUUCGGAGACGCAGCGGGCCGCGCUGCAGCGCCGUCUCACCUCACUGCAGGCCGAGCUCCAGGCCAAAACGGACGAGGCUGACGCACUCCGGUCGUCAGUGGCCCAGCUGACGGCCGCCCAGGCCACGGUGGGCGCGCAGCUGUCGGCUGCCCAGCUGACCGUCCAGCAGCUGACCGCCGCCCGCGACCAGCUGGAGGCCACGCUGCGGGAGCGGGACGCCACCGUGGCGGAGCUGGAGGCCCGCGCCCGCCGCGAGGAGACCCUGCGCCGACAGCUGCACAACCAGGUGCAGGAGCUCAAGGGCAACAUACGCGUGUUCUGCCGCGUCCGGCCGCUGCUCGGGGAAGAGGUGGUCCAGGCCGACGGCCAGAUCCCGCACCUGCAGGUCACCGACGAGCGCUCGCUGGAGAUCGGCAAGGCGGCAGGUGCUGGUGCCAACGAGACUAUGAGCGGCCGUCGUCGGGAGGAGGGUGACGGCAAGGUGAACUUUGCGUUCGACCGCGUCUUCCCGCCGCAGACGUCACAGGCCGACGUCUUCGAGGAGAUCUCUCAGCUGAUCCAGUCGGCGCUAGACGGGUACAAUGUCUGCGUCUUCGCGUACGGCCAAACCGGCUCUGGUAAAACUCACACCAUGGAGGGCGGCCGUGACGACGAACUGCAGGGCGUGAUCCCGCGCGCCGUCAGCCAGAUUUUCGACGCCUGCGCUGCGCUCAAGGAGAAGGGCUGGUCGUACACGCUGGAGGCCAGCUUCCUGGAGAUUUAUAAUGAAACCAUCCGCGACCUGCUCAGCACGUCGAAGGAGAAGAUGAACUACGAGAUCCGCAUGAAAGACAGCAAGCUCAACAGCAAGACUAAGGAGGUGUAUGUCACCAACCUCAAGGUGGUGACGGUGACGGAGCAGGCGGACGUGGCCUCGCUGCUGGAGCGGGCCCGCCAGCAGCGCGCCGUGGCCGCCACCAACUGCAACGAGCACUCGUCGCGCUCACACUCUGUAUUCACCCUGCGGAUGGAGGGCCGGAACGCGCUCACCACCGAGACCUGCCACGGGUCACUGAACCUGGUGGACCUGGCAGGCUCCGAGAGGCUCAAAGAGUCCGGCUCGCAGGGCGACCGUCUCACCGAGACCAAGAACAUUAACAAGUCGCUGGCCAACCUCGGAAACGUCAUCAUGGCGCUGGGAAAUAAGCAGGACCACGUGCCGUUCCGAAACUCCAAGCUCACACACCUGCUGCAGCACUCCCUCGGCGGCAACAGCAAAACGCUCAUGUUCGUCAACGUGUCGCCGCGCGAGGACUGCGCCGCCGAAACCCUCAACUCUCUGCGCUUCGCCGCCAAGGUCAACCAGUGCCACAUCGGCACUGCCACGAAACGCACCAAGUGAGGGCGAUUGCGCCGCGCGAGGCUGAGCCGUGUAUAGGUGGGGGCCUGGCUUUCCAGCGGCGACCGGAACGAUAAAUUCUCUAGCCUCGGGAUCUCUCGGGCGCGCGCUGUAUGUACUGUACCGCUGGGGAGAGACUAUCGGACGCCCUCUCGUCGCGUCGGUGCGCACUGCGUCCCCAGCAUAGCGCGCCGUGGGUCUCCAUGUUUAUCGAUGGGUGAGUGUGUGGGAAGAGA